CCCUCCUGCUGGAAUAGUCACUUUCUAUUUCCUCGUCAACAUCAGUAGCGCUUCAACCUUGAUGCCAUUGUGAGGAUUAGGAGAUUAAAUCUGUGAUUUAUAAAUGUGUAUGGUUAUAUUUGCUCCGAUUUUUGCCAUCUGCGCUUUUGCAACAUGUGGAGGAUACCAUGGUCACCUCCAGGUUAAAGUGGACUGUGCCGACAGGAGCCAGAGUAACAUGAGCAUCGACAUUGAUUUUGGCUAUCCUUUCAGGUUGCAUGAAGUGCAUUUCAAGGCUCCCAUGUGCGAGGCAAAAAGGGAAGAGGUCAUUUUCCUGGACGGCAAUUUUUCCUCAUCGGCUCAGUUCUUCCUGACUGUUGGUGUUUUUGCUUUUCUGUACUCUCUGCUGGCCACCAUUGUCUAUGUGUUCUACCAGAAAAAGUAUCUGAGGAACAACAGGGGCCCACUUGUGGAUUUUGUGGUUUCAGUCAUCUUCUCCUCUUUGUGGCUGGUGAGCAGCUGCUGUUGGGCCAAAACUCUUUCCGAUAUCAAGAAAGCCACAAACCCAACACAGGUGCUACUUCUCAUCUCGGCAUGCAGAACCCAGGAGAACAAAUGUACGGCCACCCAGGAGCCCCUCUGGUCACAACUUAAUACAUCUGCGGUUUUUGGCUUCGUAAAUGUCGUCCUCUGGACUGGAAAUAUUUGGUUUGUCUUCAAAGAGACAGGCUGGUACAAGACAGGUCAGAGAUAUCCAACAAGGAGUGCUUCUGGGAAACGCAGUAGUGAGAUGCGACAUCGGCUCUACAGCGAGAGCAGCUUUGAACAGCCGGUCGAGGGCUUUGCUCCACAACUCUACAGACAAGAAAGUUUCAAUCAGCAGGUCAGCAGACAAGGUAGCUUCAACCAGGCUCAGGUAAACCUGAGCUUACCACACGCAUAUCUUGGCAAACCGAUAAUUUAUGAAGGGGAGAAUAAAGUGGCUUCUCAAGGCCCGAUGAUAUUCGUCAACGAGAUGUGAUUUAGCCGUUAGUAUCGUGCUGUAACUAGUGGUCAAGAUGGGAAAAUGAUUUUCGUAUGACCUUUAUAUUAAAUGAAAAACACUGGUGGUGAAUAUUGCGAGUUUACAAUGUGAUGUAAUAUUAGAAAUUAAAACAUUAUUUUACGUUAUUAAAUGUUAUUAUACGUCAUUACUUAGUGCUUUGUUUGCAUUUCAAACACAGCUGUAGGCUCAAACUGCUUCACAGUCAAACUGAGUGUUCAAUGUAAUUAUAAUACAAAUAUAUUGUUAUGGUAUUACUAUCAAACAUUAGGUCCCAGUCAUUAAUAGGACACAGAUAAUUUAACUAUUUCACUUGUUUCAUUACUUGCCUUUAUUUUUUACCUGAAUUUCAAAAACCUUUGUCUUAUUUCCAUUUUUUCCAAUUGUAUGUCUAAACCAUGUGCUUGAGUUAUCUAUAUAUAUAUAUAACUCACGUUCGAUUGUAACAUAUUAUCACUUUGUCAUUACUGAUGGAUACUGAUGUGGCACUCUGGUGUAUUUGUAAUUGGUUUUCUUUUUUAUAAUACAUAUGUUGCAUAAUAAACUAAGAUGCAUAAUGUGGUUGUGGAAUAUGUUGAAGUGCUUGUGUUACGCUCAGUGUCCUCUGCCUUUACUAAUUCAAACUAUAAUGUCAUACAGGAAGAUUUUUCAAAUGUGAACAGCAUUAAGCAUUUCAUUUCAUAUUAGGUAUUAUAUUUGGUUUGUUAUUUUAAUUGAAGUGUGUCUGAAGUGUUGCUCUGCAUGCUUUCCAGGGAUUCUCAGUAACUGAUAUAAGUGUAUCCACUGUGAAGCUGGUGUUGCCAUGGUUUUUCCAACCAGGUGUCAGCCUCUUCAUUCCUAGGGGAAAAGAAAGGCUGCAUUAGUGACUGAAAUUUAGGAAGUAAUAAAAAAUAAAUGUGGUUAACCAAA